AUCUUGGAUUUUGGUCUAGACCCUAUAUAAAACUUUCUUUUCUUGGUGCAAAGUCAUGGCUCACUUUAGUGGAGCACUGAAGCUUGCUGAUCUCGAUGACUUCAUCACUCCAUCGCAGGAAUGCAUCAAACCAGUCAAGAUGGAAAAAGUAGCGGGGAAACCAGGAGCUAUACGAAUAGAGGAUGAUGGUAGCUAUUUUCAACUAGAUGAUUAUGGAGGGUCAAGGAAGUUGGAGAAGGCUAAGAUAACACUGAAUGACUGCCUGGCAUGUAGCGGUUGCAUCACAUCAGCUGAAAGUGUUCUUAUUACACAACAGAGUCAGGAGGAACUCUUCAGAGUCCUGGAGGAAAAUAGAAAGCUUGCUGCAAAUGGAGAAGUUAGCAAACAGAUGACAGUGAUUGUGACCAUCUCACCACAGUCUAGAGCGUCAUUAGCAGCCAAAUAUAAACUAUCUCUUCCUGACACAGCAAAGAGGUUGGCUACCUUCUUCAGAGAACUAGGUGUGCAUCAUGUGUUUGAUGAGACCUUUGCGAGGGACUUUAGUCUUCUGGAGAGCCAGAGAGAGUUCAUUCAGAGGUUCAACAAUCAAGCUACCAAGGGAUCACUACCAAUGCUAGCAUCAGCGUGCCCAGGUUGGGUAUGUUAUGCCGAGAAAACACACGGCUCCUACAUCCUGCCUUACAUCAGCACGACCAAGUCACCCCAGCAGAUCAUAGGCUCUCUGGUCAAAGACUACGUAGCACAGUCCCUCCGGGUCAAGCCUGACUGUAUCUACCAUGUCACCGUCAUGCCUUGCUAUGAUAAGAAGCUGGAAGCCUCAAGAGAUGACUUCUAUGAUGAUGUGUACAGGACAAGAGAUGUUGAUUGUGUCAUAACGUCAGGUGAAGUUGAAGCCAUGCUUGCCAAAGAACAGGUGUCGUUAUCAGAAAUUGAACCACAGGAGUAUAAUAGAGUGUUUCCAUUUGGUGAGAGUAGUUCUGUUGUAAGUCAUUCUGGAGGCGGAUCUGGUGGUUUUCAUGAGCACAUUCUACGCCAUGCGGCCAAAGAACUGUUCGGGAAGGAACUGGGUGAACUGCAAUAUAAAGUUAUGAAGAACAAAGACUUCAAGGAAGUGACUGUGGAAUCUGACGGACAGCCUUUGCUGAGGUUUGCUCUGGCCUAUGGCUUCAGGAACAUACAGAACCUGGUACAGAAGAUCAAGAGAGGAAAGUCGCCCUAUCACUUUGUUGAAGUCAUGGCUUGUCCAGCAGGCUGUGUGAACGGAGGAGGGCAGAUCAAGGCUGAAGAAGGCAUCACAGCGAAGGAACUACUCGUGGAAGUUGAAGAACUGUACAACUCUGCUCCUACGAGGACACCCGAGGAGAACGAGGUGGUCCAGACUCUUUACGAGGAGUGGCUCGGAGGAGUGGGCAGUGAGAAAGCAAGGACUAUGUUGCAUACGCAGUACCAUGCGUUGGAGAAGAACACAAAUGCUCUUAACAUCAAGUGGUAGAACAGGAAUUGGGAUUUGUCGUCUUGGCAACUGAGAGAGAAUAGGAAAUAUUGGAGGAGGAGAAGAGUUGAGUCGGACACACCUCUGUAAUACUCAGGGAUGUACAUUAGUGUAAGUGCAUGUGUUUUACUCUGCCAUAUUGUACAGCAGUACAUGUAUAUGCUGUUGUUACAAGAUAAGUAAAAUAAGAACAGGGUUCAAGGUUUAAAGGCAUUGUUUAACGGUUUUACAAAUCUGAAAUGCAUGGCCCUAUGUGUUAUCAGUGUCUGUGAUAUGGUGUAAUAUUGAAACCCAAGAAAAAUAGCGCUUCCAAAUGAUCAUGAAGUGCUUCAAUAACGUAAAAAUCUUUUGAGUGUCCGGUUUUACCAUACUCAUUUUCCCCAAUAGACUGUAGUAUUGGAAAAAAAAUGUUCAAACCCGUUUGGAAAAUUGUUUCUGAAAUUUUGAAUUCCAAUCUUAAAUAUCUUGAUAAUCAAACAUGCGAUUGGCUUGUAAAAGUCAUGGUUUUCAUUUCUGAUAAUGAUUACAGCAUGACCUAUAUCCAAGAUUUUGUUAAUAAUCAGAGGCAAAGUUACCUAAUACCUUUGAUAUAAUUUAUUUUUGAAUUCACUUAAAAUUGUGUAGAAUUACUAGAUUACAAAGUGAGGUAAAAUAUUUCAGAUGGAAAUUAUGUUUGUGGCUAAUAACUGCCUGCCAUUUAGUCUUUACGGAUUGAGUAAAUGUACUUUGAAAGAAAACAAGAGAAAUGCAUGUAUGCAAAGGUCUCUUUUAGUAAACCAUGUAAACUGAUAAUCAUCUUGCUUGAAAUUUUCCCUGUAUUGUUUUUUGAAAGAAUUUUUUGAAAUUUUGAUUUUGAUAAGGAUAAAAUGAUGUCAGUCAAUGAUAUGAUUUUAAAUACUGUAAUGUCUCUGGUCUCACAGAUGUAGCAAUUUGUUAAGCUUCAUAUCGAAUCCUGAGAUAUUUUUUCUAUUAUAGACAAUUUCUUAAUUUCCUGUGUAUUCAAUCCAUUAAUGACUUUUAUUUCUUUUUCUUUUUUUUACAUCGAAAUAAUCUGUUUAAUGAAUCAGGAUCCAUUCUAAUACGUGUCUUUGUAUUUUAGACAUGUCGUUUGGGUUUCAAAUUCUUCAACAAAAUUUCCCUUUUUUUUUCUUCUUUUUUCAAGUGAAUAUUGUUUAUAUUUUACAUCUUGAAAUGACUAAAAACUGAUUUUGGAAAUGCCAAGCAAUAUGAUUUGUUAUUUUUAUUUUAAAGUGUGUUUAAACAAAACAAAUCAGCCUUUUUAGUAUACAAAGUUUGUUUGGGAAAUACUGAAAAGAUGGCUAUAAUUUUUAAGACUAGAAAUGUUAAUAUCAUCUGUUCAUUUUACUGAUAAAUAGCUAUGAAUAAUGUUUUUAGUUUGGGAAAUAGUACAUAUAAAAUUUAGGUGUGAUUCUGUAUAUUUUAUAUUAAGAACACAUGUAAUUUGAAUUGUAAAUUAUGAAGAGAUGACUAUUAUUAAAAGAAUAUUUGAAAAAAAUUGUA